AUGCUCAAACACAACUCUAAUUUAGACGAACGAGGUGAGAUCUAUCAGGUGGAUGGAACUAUUUGUGAAAGCUUGGCACCGGGAAUAACUUAUGCAAACGCAUCAAUGGUUUUUAAUGAGAAACGAAAAAUAAGAGAGGCAAGAGAAGAUAAAAAUGGUUGGACAAGUAAAGAAUUUCUUGAAGAGAUUCUCCAUCGGUUGGCAGGUAAGAAAUACGAUGAAGUACAUGGUCUCGUAAUUGCUGCAGCCGAUCAUGCUAUUGUGGAUGUUUAUCGAGAAUUGUUUCAAGCAGUCAUCGACGAAUAUGACAGAGAUUUCCUUGAAAGCGGUAUUUCCGAUCCAGUCCUGGAAAAUGUCUUGAUAUUACUGAAAUCAUAUGGAACUACAAAGAAUAAACUGGCUGUUUUACUUGAAUGCUCUAAUGGCGUUACUUCAUGGAAGGCAUUUAUGAUGCUUGGAUGCUUUGUGGAAGAAAUAAUACCGGAGAUGAAAGAUCUCAACGAACAUUUCAUUCGCGACAUCAGGGAAAUUUAUGUUCCAUCAUGGAUUGAACGAUUCGAGAAAAAUGUCAUGUUGAAUCAUCCAGACAAUCAAAUAAAUAGAGAAUAUUUUUCGAAUCUAGAGGCCGAUUAUUUGAACGAGAACUACAGUCCGGUACUGCCAGAUGCAUCUUCUGAUCUUUUUUUAGCGGCUGUUUUUAUGUUUUUACGAAUUUUCACUUUAUCAAUGAGCAAAAAUUACGAACUACUGGAUGAGCUGUUCGAUAAAGUGUUAUCAUGCACUCAUAUCCAAAGUCAUUAUAUGGAAGCAUUUAUUAUGAAAUUGGAUGAAAUUUACAAAUUUUCUAACCGGCAACUGCCACUCAAUACACUUAUUUUAGUUAAUUCUUUGAAAUCAAAGUUUUAUCCACUUCCACAAGUAUUUUCACCUGAAUAUUAUCUGAAACUUGCGGUUGGUCCACUUUGCUAUUCGCUGCAUAUUUCAACUUCAAAUAUGUUCAACAUUGGUUACGUAGUACUAGUGCUGCGAAAUUGUUUGGUUUCUGUCGAAAAUGAGUCAAUAGGACGAAACCAGUGGACGUUCUUCUUAGAAUUUCUCGCUAAUUUCUUAAUAUGCUGUGAAGAAUACACCUUAUGUACAGUGCGGGUGAUAUGCAUGGAUACUUUCAAACUAUUUUUGUCGAAAUUUGAACCAGUAGCACAAGUACUUGUCAUCCGAAAGUUGUUCGGCAUGAUUCAAAAGGACGAAAUACAGAGGAAAAAUUUUCACAAAAUCAACAUUUAUGAUGAAAAAUCAUUAAAAUUCGAGGCACAACUUCUGGCAUGGAUUAUUGACUUGUUUCGUUCCAAGCUUAAGUAUGAGGUGUUUCGUAGAGAACUUGGUUUUUUCUGGGGUGAUAUGGUCAGUAUACGUUAUUCAUAUCUCAGUGAUGGAUUGCAGUACUAUUUGUCUGUUUUCAUAUUUGCUCAGGAAUUGGCGCUUCGUAGAAUGAAUCCGGAAUUGAUAUUAAAUAUUUAUAAGCAUUUUCUUCAACCUCUACAGUCGCAAAUAUCAGAUUGGACAGAAUUGGUGAAAAUCGAACAACAACAGAUAAAUCAUGGAAGCCUUGAGGUGCCCGCCAAUCAACUGUCUGUUAGUAUGGAGCGUUUAGAAAUGGAAACCCGUCGACAACAAAAUAUCCAGUCACUACCACUGCUCCAAUUUCAGUAUUCACAAACUUUAAAUUUUGCUGAAACUUUUCUACAUAGUGCACACAUGCUAUAA